CGCCACAAAAUCGAUGGCUCUGCAAUCUUCAUUUCGUUGUGUUUUUUCUCAAUUGCAACGCUGCGCUUCUCUCCAGCGUUCAGUCUUGCCCAAAUUCUCGACCCCAUUUCACAGAAAUCUCUCUCUCCUCUUCUCCACUUCUCACAAGACUGCUUCCAUUCGCCCACUCGCCGCCGCCAAAGAGAACACAUUAGUACUGAACAAAGAUGAGAGGUUGGGGGAUGGAGAAGUGAGCUGUGCAGAGCCAGUUCCGAGUUCGAGCACAAUUGCUGCGAUUGUGACCUCGUUGGGUGGGCCUCCCGGUGCGGUGGGGAUAGUCAGGUUGUCUGGUCCUUCAGCAGUCUCUAUAGCUGGGGAAGUUUUUAGACCGAUGUCAAGAAAGAGGAGAAAGGGUGCUCGUUGGUGGCCUAAUAGCCAUGUUGUUGAGUACGGUGAGGUUUUGGAUUCACAUGGCAACAUCAUUGAUGAGGUUCUGGUAGUUCCCAUGUUGGCCCCAAAAUCUUACACUCGCGAGGAUGUGAUUGAGCUUCAGUGCCAUGGUAGUGAAGUGUGUCUGCGACGUGUGUUAAGGGCUUGCCUAGAUGCUGGAGCGAGGCUUGCGGAACCAGGCGAAUUCACUCUCCGGGCUUUUCUAAAUGGACGGCUCGAUCUUUCUCAAGCUGAGAAUGUGGGGAAACUUGUAACAUCCAAGUCGAUGGCUGCAGCAGAUGCUGCAUUAGCAGGAUUACAGGGAGGCUUCUCUUUCAUGGUCAAAUCAUUAAGAGCUCAAUGCAUUGAGUUACUUACGGAGAUUGAAGCCCGUCUAGAUUUUGAUGACGAGAUGCCACCCCUUGACAUUAACCUAGUUGCCGAUAGGAUACAUAAGAUGCUGCAAGAAGUAGAUGGUGCUCUGGAAACUGCCAAUUAUGACAAGCUUCUGCAGUCGGGAGUUCAGAUUGCUAUUGUUGGCCGACCUAAUGUUGGAAAAUCGAGCCUUCUUAAUGCUUGGAGCAAGAGUGAGCGAGCAAUUGUAACCAAUAUUGCGGGUACAACACGUGAUGUAGUUGAAGCCAAUGUUACUGUUGGCGGGAUUCCUGUCACACUUCUUGAUACAGCUGGUAUAAGGGACACAGAUGAUGUGGUGGAAAAAAUCGGUGUUGAGAGGUCGGAAGCAGUUGCUAUGGGUGCCGAUGUCAUUGUUAUGACAGUAAGUGCGGCUGAGGGGUGGACUUCCGAGGAUGACAGACUUCUUGAGAGAAUUCAUAGCAAUAAGAUCGCAACUUCAUCGACUUCUCCAGUGGUUCUUGUGGUCAAUAAAAUCGACUGUGCUUCAUCCUGUGCGUGGAUAGACACUCUCUCAAGAUCGUUCAGCAAGUACGUCUUCACCUGUGCCGUGACUGGUAAAGGGAUCUCCGAUUUGGAAUCUGCAAUCAUAGAGCUAGUUGGUCUGAACAAGAUCCCUGCUGGGGGACGCAAAUGGACAGUAAAUCAGAGGCAAUGUGAGCAGCUCGUUCGUGCAAGGGAGGCGUUUGUGAGGCUGCAGUCGUCUAUCGAGGAAGAGAUCCCUCUCGAUUUUUGGACGAUUGAUCUCAGAGAAGCAGCCAUGGCUCUUGCGCAGAUAAGCGGAGAAGACAUCUCAGAAGAAGUUCUGUCAAACAUUUUCAGCAAAUUCUGCAUCGGUAAAUAGUCGUGGUUCUGAGGUUUUUUUUUAUAAGAAAAUCGAGUAUAAGAGACAUCUUUCAUUACAAAGGCAUUUCUUAGUCAGAUCAGUUUGUCAUAGUCUGCAUUACAAAAAACACAGCAAUUAUUGUGAUGCUAUGCAAGAAAAGAAUUCAAUUAAUGAACGAACUUCUGUUAUUUCA